CGUAAGGUUUGUCCAAGCAAACUGGGCAUGUUUCGGGAAUCUACGAGCUUUUUUCACUCCACUUGUGUAGCUUGAAGAAGUGCUGGGAAAAAUUGUGAAAUUAAUGAUUGUUCGUGAAGUGCUGGCGUGAAAAUGUGUCGCAGUGCGUAGGUAAGUGGUUGCGUGACACAAAGAGAGUAUUUUCGUGCGAGACACUGCACCAGGAGAGCCAUGAACUUGGGGGGAAGUGGAGGCGCCAGUGGGAGCUCCAGCAGCGAACCGGCGGAGGUGGUGCGCCCCAAGAUUGUCACAGUGAAGCACCCCGAGUCCAACAAGCCCAAACCCACGGCCAAGAAGGGCAAGGCCAUUCAGGCGGAUGUGGACGUUAUGAAGGAAUUCCAGCGAUGUCGCGAUGACAAUGUCAAAAGGCUGGAUCUCAGUAAAUCCUCCAUCACCACCAUCCCGGCCACAGUGAAGGAAUGCUCGAGCUUGGUGGAAUUCUACCUGUAUGGGAAUAAAAUCUCAUCUCUCCCCCCGGAGAUUGGGUGCCUGUCCAACCUCAAGACAUUGGCACUCAAUGAGAAUAGCCUCACGUCGCUGCCCGAAUCCCUGCAAAAUUUGAAGCAGCUCAAGGUGCUGGAUUUGCGCCACAAUAAACUCUCGGAGAUUCCCGAUGUCAUCUACAAGCUCACAAGUCUCACCACGCUCUACCUCCGAUUCAAUCGUAUCCGAAUUGUGGGGGAUGCCAUUAGUAAUCUCACGAAUUUGACAAUGCUGAGCUUGCGUGAGAAUAAAAUCCGGGAGCUCUCCAAGGGGAUUGGGCACCUGGUGAAUCUCACCACAUUGGAUGUUUCCCACAAUCACCUGGAGCACCUCCCGGAGGAAAUUGGGCAUUGCGUUAAUCUCAAUGCGCUGGAUUUGCAACACAACGAACUCCUGGACAUACCCGAAAGUAUUGGGCAGUUGACGAAUCUGGCGCGAUUGGGAUUGCGCUACAAUCGUCUCACGUCAAUUCCGCAGUCGCUGAAGAACUGCAAAUUCAUGGAUGAAUUCAAUGUGGAGGGCAAUAGUAUUUCCCAACUCCCGGAUGGGCUUCUUGCCAGUCUCAGCUCCCUCACCAGCAUCACACUCUCACGCAAUUCCUUCCACAGCUACCCGUGUGGGGGUCCAGCGCAAUUCACCAAUGUCACGAGUAUAAAUUUGGAGCACAAUCAAAUCGACAAGAUCCCCUAUGGGAUCUUCAGUCGUGCCAAGGGACUCACGAAGCUCAAUAUGAAGGAGAAUGUGCUCACAUCACUGCCAUUGGAUAUUGGGACAUGGAUCCAUAUGGUGGAGUUGAAUUUGGGCACAAAUUCCCUGACAAAACUCCCCGAUGACGUGCACUGCUUGCAGAACCUUGAGAUUCUCAUCCUCUCCAAUAAUAUGCUGAAGAAAAUCCCCAAUACCAUUGGUAGCCUGAGGAAGUUGCGUGUGCUGGAUCUCGAGGAGAAUCGCAUUGAGUCCCUGCCAAGUGAAAUAGGACUCCUGCACGAUCUCCAGAAGCUCAUCCUUCAGUCAAAUCACCUUCAGUCACUGCCACGCACCAUUGGACACCUCACGUCGCUCACCUACUUAUCCGUUGGGGAGAAUAAUCUGCAAUUCCUGCCGGAGGAAAUUGGGACUCUUGAGAAUCUCGAGAGCCUCUACAUCAAUGACAACGUUGCCCUCGUGAAGCUGCCCUACGAGUUGGCGCUGUGUCAAAAUCUCGCCAUUAUGAGCAUCGAAAAUUGUCCACUGAGUGCCAUACCGCCUGAAGUGGUGGCUGGGGGUCCAUCCCUGGUCAUACAAUACCUUAAACUUCACUCGCCAUAUCGACAAAUGUGAUUCACUUCCGGCACACCGUCGCCGCCGCCCCGACACAAACCACAAACCUUCCUUUCUGCUCUCUCUUCAACGAAAUCCCUCAUGCAAAAGUUGCUGCUUGGCAAGAAGGGGCAAUCCCGGAUGAGAGGUAAUAUUCUCAGAGAUUGAAAACCAUAUGCACAAAAAUGUGUGGAGGACGAGCCACACACAAAACAUAUAUAAAAUAUAUUUUUUAAAAAGAAAAUUAUAAAUUAAAAAAAAAAAUCAAUCAGACGAAGAAUACCAAAAAAAAAUGGAAAAUUAUUAUUUCACAAAAUAAACAAUAUAAAUAUAUUUUUAUAGAAGAGAAAAAAAUAAUUAUGAUGAUGGUAAAAUGAUGAAAACGAUGGCACAAACUUCCAAAAAGAAAAAAAGAAAAAGAAAAACAUAUUCACACUCAUUUUCUCAAAUUAAACGAGAUAUAUUGCAUUAUGUAUUAUGCUAUAAAGAGAGAAUAUUAUAUGCUUCAUAAAAAAUAGCCUCCAAAUUUAUUCAAGAGCAUUGUCUAAGAAUUUCUAAUAAGUUAAGGACUAGAAUGCGUUAGAAUCCAAAAAUGCUUUCCCAUUUGUUUGAUUUUUUUUUCAAAUUAUAAAUCAAUCCUUAAUUUAUUUUUAUUCUGUGUUCAAGUAAUUAAAUUUUAACCCAUUUUUGCCUCAUGUAGAUAUUUUGGGAGAUUUUUUUCUAAAAUUUCACUUCUUUAUUAUUAAAUAAUUUGUUUGGCUAUUCAUUUUCUAAAUAAAAUAUCUGUUAACCAUAAAUUUUCAUUCUUAUUCUCAAUUUUUUUUAUAAACUACACUAAGGAGACGAUUCUGAUAAAAAUAUCAUAAAAUAAAAUAUGAUCUUUUCUUUUGUUUACAAUUCGUCAGGUAUAAGAUUUUAGGUAAUCUCGGAAAAAUCUUAUAAGAUUCUAACAUAUUAUUUCAUUCUUGGAUCGAAGUUUUUGAUGGAAAAUUACUUUUCCAUGCCUCUUCAGGGAUCUUUUUGACUGUUUUCUGAAACAAGAAAUUCUUUAUUUUUCUUUUAUAGAAUGACAAUAGAAAGAUUUUAAAAUAUCAGCUAACAAAAUCUUACAACAACUUUUAAGUUGUUAGAACAUAAAAGAAAAUAUUUUUAUCAGAAUCUACCCUUAAAUCACAUUUUAUUUUAUUGCCACAAAAUCUACAAAACCCGAUUUUGAGGAAAAUUUGAUAGAAAAUGCUCACAAAGAAACGAAAGAAAAUUUUUGAGAUUAAAUUAGGUAAAAUCAUGUUAAUUUUCUUCGAAUUUUAAAACAAUAUUGUAAUAACUUUUCUUAAAGGUACGCCACAAACUUCAAGACCAAAAGACUCCUGGUUGAUCCUUAAACAUUUCUAAAGGGAAGAACUAUUAUAAAAUAAAUAGUCAAAAUCGGUCCAAGAAAAAUAGAAAUUGUGCUACAAACUUGACCUUAGAAGAUUGAUAAAUAAUUCGUUUUAUUGUAAACUAUUUUUUGAGAACUAUUCUGGAUUAUUCUUCAGAUUUAUUAGUUGAAUACUUUUCAACCUUUUCAACUCAUUCCUGCCAGUUUCUAGAGAAUCUUUCACUGAUUUAAAUGAAACUCUCUAGAAUGAAAGUUUCCAGAAUAAUGGGAGUUUCAUUUGAAUCAGUCAAAGCUGUCAAGAAUGGGUUAAAAAAAAGUAUCAAAUAAUAAAUCUGAAGUAUUCUAAGUAACUCAGAAGUAUUCUCAAAAAAAUAGUUUAAAAUAAAACAAAUUAUUUAUCAAUUUUCUAAAACUGAGUUUGUAGCAUAAAUUCUUUUUAAAUAUUUUGAACCGAUUUUGAUCAUUUUAUAAAAAAAAAAUUAACGUUUUUUUAUAGCUUGAUGUCAAGUUUUUAGUUCAAAUAAUACGUUUACGUUUAAUAAAUACGUUUUACGAGCCCAUUUUAAUUACUUUACCUCAACAUUAUGAUUGAUAAAAGAAUGAUUAAUGGAUGAAACAUUAAAUUCAUUAAAGAAAAGUAUCCAAUUCUAGAGUUCUUAUGAGAAUGCUCUUGUGCAGAUUAGCUGAUGAAGUGUUUGCUAUAGCAGGAAAAAUAGCAAAUAAAUUGUACAUAAGAUAAAAAUUCAUUGAAAUUAGUAACCAAUUGUUGAUAGUCGUAUUAUUAUUGAUAAAUGUGCAUAAAUGCUUGAUGAAUAACCCACACAGUUGAGCGAUAAUGACAUGAUAAAUUGAGAGGUUUGAAUGUAAAAUUUGUUGAUAAGAUAAGUCAUUGUAACUACAUAUAACUAAUAAAUCCCUCUAAUGUGGAAGAGAUGAUAAUUAAAUGUGAAAAAUGAAGGAAAAUCCAUUUUUUUCCUGGAUGAAAAUCAUUGAAUUUUCUUUCCAGAAAAAAAAUUGGAUUUAUUAUUCUAAUCAUUUAAUUAUAUAUAUUUCCUGCAUUUGCUCCCUAUAUAAAUGUAAUAAUCACGUGUGAUUUAAAAAUAGCUUUAAUAUUGCUUGUAAAUGUAAUCGUUACAUUGAGGAGAUUCGAGGAAAAUGCGUAUGGAAUGCAGAGGAAGGCAUGAAGCAGAUUUUUAAGAGAAAUAUUGCCAAAUUGGAUAAAUUAGAAUAAGCAAAUUGAAACAUUUUGCAAGAUCGACUCAAAUUGCAGCAAAAUUCCGCAUCAACAUCGACAUGGAUGGAGGCAAAUAACAAAUCAGAGAAAUAUCGAAGCAGAGGGAGAAUGGGCUGCGUCAAUCAUUCAAUUGCACACUCUACUCCACCCACUCUCGAUAGCUCCGGAAAAGAAUAAAAUAUUCCAAAUGGAUUUUCUUUAGUUACACUGUAAGUUUUCUAAUUUUGUGAAUUUAUUUUUUGUAAAUUUUCUCACAUUUUUUUUUAAAAACUAAAUUUAUAUUUUUAAAAUAAAAAUCACAAAAAAUGCUCACUAAGCUACAUAAAAGGACACACUGUGAGCCAGAAAAAAAAUCGUACAACACAACUAAUUUACACUACAGCAAAAAACAGACAACAACAAACUAAAUUCCCUUAAUUCCUGUGCUUUGAAUGUUAUUAUAACUUUUACUUUCCUCUAUUUUCUACGUGGUAACGCUGUAAAUAAACUACCUACAAAAUGUAGAUUUUAGAAGCGAAAUAAAAUCAAGAAAGGUUCAUUAUUUAGCUAAAAUAAUGGAUUAGGCUAUUUUUAAAGGCUUAAUGCUGAAACCUUUGAUUGAUUUGCAUUU